GGUACUUUGAUACAUGCAUCGUGUAAGAAGACAUAUGUGAGCCGUGUUAAACGGUUGGUUCCAUAUCGUCCAACUAAGCAUAAUUACAGGAUAUCUUUCACAAACAACACUAAUAUCACCAAGUGCAGUGUCAAAAACAACUUUGAGUUCAUCAAUCUCGUGGACUUUGGCACUAUUCUAAGCGGAAACCUUAACCACAAUUUCUUAGUUGGCAAACUUCAGAUUACAAAUGCUUUUGAGACAUCCAAGCUAAUGAUGAAUCCUGCUUUACCUGAGGUUGCAGAAUUCAUGAAUGUUUUGCCAGAUGAUGGUCUUGCUCUCACCAUUGUUGAGACUGCAAAUGAUGAUAAGAUGGUGAAGAAGAAAGAAUACUGGUCUAACCUGCAACAGAAGACUAUUGAGGAGGUUUCAAUUAUCCACAGCAACAGCGACGAAAAUUCAAAGAUAAGCACUAUUCCUUCAAGUAAGCAUUCUUCAGAUGAGUUAGAAAGCUUACCUGAUCUGUCUUUAACAUCAAAGAAGCUCUGUAUGAAGACAAUCACACAAGAGAAUAUUGAUGGAAAGUUGCCUGCCACUGGAAAAGAGAUUGUUGUGAUUAAACGUGAAAAAAAUGAUGUGGAAAAGAAAAUCAAAAACGGUGACAGUCAGACAAUUCUAGCCGGAACCAAAGAAAAAAGAAGGAGAAACUGGUUUUUCCUUGAAUUUUGA